AAUGCUGAGAAGUAAAUUGCCUUUGCAGGAGCUUAUUUCCCGCCAUCUCACUCUUCAAAAAUCCCACAUAAACAAUCCCAUAAUUAACAACAACAAGAAAAACCCAAAUCAACUUCUCUUUGAAAAGCUAUUAUCCCACUUGAAAAAAUGCAUUUCCAUAAAACAACUUCAACAAAUCCAAACCCAAAUGCUCAUAAACUCCAUACACAAACCCAACUUCCUUCUUUCCAAAGCCAUUGACCUCAAAAGCUUUGCCUACGCUUCCGCGCUUUUCGCCCACAUCCCCGAACCCAACGACUACGCUUUCAAUGUCAUGAUCCGUGGUCUAACCACGACAUGGCAAAAAUAUGGUCUUGCUCUUGAAUUCCAUUGCCAAAUGAAGGGUUUAAGCCUAAAGACCAACAAAUUCACCUACCCUUUUGUGUUCAUCGCUUGUGCGAACCUUUCGACGCUGAAUCACGGGCGUACUGCUCAUUCGUCGGUCUUUAAGAUUGGUUUGGAUGGUGAUGAGCAUGUCAGUAACUCGCUGAUCACAAUGUAUGCGAGAUGUGGCGAAUUGGGGUGUGCCCGGGAAGUGUUCGAUGAAAUUACCCUAAGAGGGUUGUCGUCGUGGAAUUCGAUGAUCUCGGGGUAUUCGAAGAUGGGGUACGCGCGGGAGGCAGUGGAGUUGUUUGGAGAGAUGAGGGAUGAUGGCAUUGCACCAGUCGAGAUGACGUUGGUGAGCGUUCUAGGGGCGUGCGGAGACUUGGGAGAUUUGAGUUUGGGAAGAUGGGUGGAGGAGUUUGUUGUUGAAAAGAGUUUAGAAGUGAAUUCUUAUUUGGGUUCUGCAUUGAUUGGUAUGUAUGGAAAAUGUGGUGAUUUGUGCUCUGCAAGGAGGGUCUUUGACAGUAUGACUAAGAAAGAUCUUGUAACUUGGAAUGCCAUGAUUUCAGGGUAUGCUCAAAAUGGAUUGUCAGAUGAAGCAAUCAGGCUAUUUGGUGACAUGAAAGAGGCGGGCAUUAAUCCGAAUAAAAUAACAUUGGUUGGAGUCUUAUCUGCUUGUGCUCAAGUUGGGGCUUUAGAUAUGGGGAAAUGGGUUGAUAACUUUGCAUUAGAAAGUGGUUUACAACAUGACGUGUAUGUGGCAACUGCAUUACUUGAUAUGUAUGCUAAGUGCGGGAGCUUAGAUGAUGCGCUGAGGGUUUUUGAGGAAAUGCCCCAGAAGAAUGAGGUCUCUUGGAAUGCCAUGAUAUCUGCGCUUGCGUUUCAUGGCAGAGCCAUUGAAGCGAUAUCCCUAUUUAACCGCAUGAUUGAGGAGGGUGGGGCUCUUGCACGCCCAAAUGACAUUACUUUUGUUGGGGUACUUUCUGCUUGCGUUCAUGCUGGUUUGGUUGAUGAAGGUCGCCGGUUGUUUAAUUCGGUGAGCUCAUCAUUUGGCCUUGCUCCAAAAAUAGAGCACUAUUCUUGCAUGGUUGAUCUUCUGGCACGAGCAGGACAUGUACAUGAAGCUUGGAACUUCAUUGAGAAAAUGCCUGAAAAGCCAGAUGAAGUUUCACUUGGGGCAUUACUCGCUGCGUGUCAGAAAUGCAGAAAUGAAGAUGUCACCAAGCGGGUAACACAACUUCUUCUGGAGUUGGAGCCUUCAAACUCUGGAAAUUACGUUAUAUCGUCAAAGGUAUACAAAAAGUUAAAAAUGUGGGAUGACUCAGCAAGGAUGAGAGUGUUGAUGAGACAAAGGGGAGUCAGUAAGACUCCUGGUUGUAGUUGGAUCGAGUUCGAAAAUCAACUUCAUGAAUUUCAUGCCGGUGAUCUUGUACACGACAGUUCAACUGAGGCUUACCAAGUGUUUAGAUUGCUAAAUGAUGAUAUGAAGAGGGAAGGUUAUGUUCCGAACCUUAGUGUUGUAUAGAGACAUAUUGAGAAAUCUGGCUUUGCAUUGCGAACUCAUCAACUGAACUACAAACUCAGUUUUACCUGUUCUCACGUAGAUUAGUCAAGCGAAAACCGGACUGUGGUCCUGAUCCCAGUUUUCCCAGGUUGUAUUGGUUGUAAAUUUCCUCCUAGAAAGGACCGAUAUCUUGGAGAGCCAAAAAUUGGUGGUUGUUGCUGAGCUCUGUUUUAUGGAAAACUCUGGUGCAGUUGCUGUAGCGGUCUGUAGGACGAGAGAUUGCUUUAAGACUAGGCGGGUGCAAGAAACGAACUGAUUCGAGAACAUCAUAGUGUUUUGCCAUCAAUUGAAACCUCAUAUCUUCAGUAGUUGAAGACAAUUUUCGUGACACAAAUCAAUGGUAUAAGCUCACUUUUUGGAACCAAUUCAGUUGAAAAUAUCACUGGGAGAUUAAUGGUACAUCUUAUUGCAUAGCUGAAGCAGAUGACAAAGGCGGACAAGUUGUUUCAAGAGAUUGUAUA